AUGCGAGUUUCGUUCCACGUGCCUCGUGGAUUCUACUCACUGUCGUCGUCCUACCUUACCUACCCGUCGCACCCACCAGUCGCUCCAUCCAUUCGUUGUCGCAAGCCAGCCGUUGCUGUGUUCACCGAGGCUCGCGAGUCCUCGUGUCGUGAGGCCACGUGUCCGUGUCGCCUCGCCUUCACCGCCAUCCUUCGCGUCGACCCGCUCUCCGCGUUGACCUCGCCGCCGCUCUCGCGACUAUCGCCUCUCCGAGCGCGCGCUCUCGUCGCGAUGCCCACCCACCUGCCGCACGCCGACGUUGCCUCCCCCGCCACCCACGCGCUGCACUCCUCGCCGUCGGCCCUCAUGCCUCCACCAGGGGCCACCGCCGCCUCCCCCUUGCCCUCCACGCCCUCCCCCUCGCAGCCCGGCUCCUACCCCAUGUCGCGCGUCGCUCCCCCUUACGCACUUGCCGCUAACGCGCCGGGCGGACUGGCAGGUGGCGCAAUGGGGGGAAUGAUGAGCCCCACGGCGAGCGCGCAGCUGCGCUCGUCUGCGCUUGCCAACAACCCUAACGCCUCUUCGCAAGGUGCGCCUUCCCCCUCCGCCAUGCCGCCAAAUAUGGGGAAGGCCGGCGCUUCCCCAAGCUCCUCUGCUUCGCUGCCCGCCCUGCCCUCCUCCCUGCACCUCCCUGGCAACAUGCGCGGCCCCCAGUCCGCCCCCACCAUGUCGUCGCACUUCUCCCCCUCCUCAGCCGCCCCCCAAUACCCCUCACAGGCGCAAUCCGCGUCGCCUGGCGGAGCCUCCUAUUCCCCCUCUGCGCCGCACCUGCAGCAGCAAGGCUACAGCGCCAGCCCAGGGGGAGGCGCGCGGGGCGGAAUGCAGCAGGUUGGGGGAAGCGGAGGGCAGGGGGGAACGGAGCAGGCAGAGCAGCAUGGGAGGGGGGUGGUGGGGUCAAGCGGCAUGGGAUAUGGAGCCAGGGGACAGGCAGGCGCACAGGUGGAUGCGCGCAUGCAGCUGGAGCCCGAGGUGGAGGAGGUGCUGCUGGACCUCGCCGACGACUUCAUCCAAUCCGUGACGGCGUUUGGGUGUCAGCUGGCGAGGCAUCGCAAGGCGCAGGUGUUGGAGGCCAAGGACGUCCUGCUGCACCUCGAGCGCAGCUGGCACAUGCGCAUCCCUGGCUUCACGGGGGACGAUUACCGCGUCUACAAGCGCCCUGUCAGUUCUCUUCCUGCACCCUCUCACUGCUCUUGCUUCGCCCUCUCAGUGCUCUUGCUGUGUGUUGCACGUAUGGUGACGUUCAGAUUGCUUUCCGGGUGCGAUGUAUAUGGCUUGGGCAGUGAUGGGGCAUGGUACGGUGUGCUUGUGAUGCGGCACCAGGACCUCACAUGCUCUCCGUCUUCAUCUGCACCCUUCCUUGCGGCUGUGCUCGCCGGGCCGUGCCCUCCAUCUCGCUCUGUGCAGCCUGUCACGGAGGCGCAUCGCCAACGCCUCGCAGCAGUGAGUGCCUUCUCGCUGUGUUGCUCCUCUGCUGCAUCUCUUGCUGCAUACCCAUCUGUUCGCCGCUCUGCAGCCAUCGCAGCCAACGAGGCUCACGCCUUGCCCUCUGCUGCUGCUGCCCCCGGCUCCAACGCCCCCCAUGGCCACACUGCUGCUGCUGCAGCAGCACACGCAGCACAGGCUGGCGGGUUGGAGCAGGGAGCACAUGCGAGCAUGGCGAAGCUCACAUCUCCCAACUUCAAGGGACCCGGAGGAGCAUCAGGGCCGUUGAGUCCUGUGGGAGGCACGAGACGCGCAGUAGAGGCGUUGACGCUAGCGCACGGGGAGGGCGCAAUCACACUCCCGCUGUUUGCCCUUUCCCCUCUUUUCACGUUCCAUGCGCCCCACGUGCUGUUUCCCCCGCGUGUCUGCUCCGUGCGCCCCUUGACGGGGGUUGCAGGGGUGAGUCCGGCGCUGCUGCAGGAGAUGGGCGAGGAGGAGCGGACGCCGAUUCAGAAGUGGCUGAACCCGGGGCAGGACGAGCUGCCGGACGACGUGCCCAUGAGCAUCUGGGACCACCUCGAGGAGCUGCGCGAGCGCGUGCUGGUGUCCGUGGGCGCCGUGGGCGCCGCCAUCCUGCUCUGCUUCUUCUUCAGCCGCGACCUCGUGGUGUUCCUCGAGGCCCCCGUGUACGCCCAGGGCGUGCGCUUCCUGCAGCUCUCGCCAGGGGAAUACUUCUUCACCACGCUCAAGGUGGCGGGGUACUGCGGGCUGCUGCUGGGCGGGCCGGUGAUUCUGUACGAGGUGAUAGCGUUUGUGGUGCCGGGGCUGACAGCCAGCGAGCGGCGGUUCCUGGCGCCCAUAGUGUUUGGGUCGUCCGUGCUCUUCUACUCGGGCAUUGCCUUCAGCUACUCCGUGCUCACGCCCGCCGCACUCAACUUCUUCAUCUCGUAUGCCGAGGGCGUGGUGGAGUCGCUGUGGUCCAUCGACCAGUACUUUGAGUUCGUGCUGCUCCUCAUGUUCUCCACUGGCAUCUCCUUCCAGGUGCCGGUGAUUCAGCUGCUGCUGGGGCAGCUGGGGCUGGUGACGGCAGAUCAGAUGCUGGGCAUCUGGCGCUACGUGGUGGUGGGGGGAGUCACAGCCGCCGCCGUGCUCACGCCCUCCACCGACCCGCUCACACAGUGCCUGCUGGCAGGGCCCCUCAUCGGCCUCUACAUGGGCGGCGCCUACCUCGUCAAGCUGCUCGAAGGCUCCAAGUCCCCCGCGUAG